AUGGCCGGUCGUCGGGGCCCUCGCAGUGGUGGCGAAGAAGACCUUAAGUAUCGGGGUCUCGACGACAAGGUGGACGAGGGCCCAUGGCGUGAGGGGCCUCUCAUCGUGGCGUGGGGGGCCGAAGAAAUCUACAAGACCACCCAGAAAAGCGGGGCGAUCGGACAGAAAGGCCAUUCGGUCUGCCCGUGGUUUAUGAAGAAGAGGUGGUACGAUAUCUCGGGCACUCAGGUGUCGAUCGAUGUUCGGGGAGUUUGGCCGUCCGACGUGAAGACACGAGCUGCGAGUCCACCGGGCAAUCCGCUGUGCGUGUACGGAGCCUGGAAGGCCGCUCGUGACCAGGAGGAGUUCCCUGCGGCGUUCGUGAUGCUCUGUGGGAUCCUCGACACACUGCUGCACGUCGAAGGUCGUUCGGUGCUGCAGAUCAUUUGCUCUCACGGCAGAAAUCGGUCGGCCACUUUGGGUGUCGCUUUGUCGGCCGUCUAUGACAUCCCGAUAUGGCUCCCCACCUUUGGGGAUUUGCACACGGAAUGGUGGGCGAUCGCGAGACUGCCGGACGAGGACAUCGAGGACUUGAAGGUCGUCCGGGUUCUUCGUCGGGCCAAGAUGCGGGGCCAGGAGAUGUGGGGCCAGGCGUACAUGCCGAGCCUGGGGAAUCCCGUCGUCGAUGCCGUUCGGUUCGACGUGUGGAAAGUGGCCCCAUCGGUGCUUCUCGAAUUGGACGGCGAGAACGAUGCGGACCUUCGGACCUACCGGAACCCGUCGGCCGCCAUCACCUCGGCCUGUCGGAAGGAGAUGGACAGGCUCCGACCCGAGGUCCCGGCAAGUCAAGGUCGUUCGGACGGCGGCGGCGGUUGUCGUUCGGAUGUUCCACAUCCCCGUCAGCCACCCCGGCCAACCUACGACGACUACGAUGCUCGUCGUGCGGAGCCCCGUGGUGGGGCGUUCUACGAGGAUCGCCGAG